AUGGACAUCACCAGUUCGAUAGUCUCAGAAAGAGACCGUGCCCUUCUGGGAGGUGAUUACAAUACCUACCAUGCUCAAGCCACGCGGAAAAUCCAUAAUUUGCGCAGGAGACUGGGAGCUGCGAACCGUGGCCGAAAAUAUACACCAAAAUCUCCAGUCACCGUCGAAAACGUCGCAAAGAACGCAGAAUGGGUUCAACUCCUUCUUGCCAGUUCUGAGCGGGCUUGGGCGAGCGCCAUGACGAUGAAAGCGUCACAGUCUGCGGAGAACACGCAGAAGCCGAUGCCAGGUUCAACGAAACGCCAGAUCGUGUCAAGGCUGAGAAGAGCUAUAAUUUACGCCGAUAACCUUGUUGCUGUCCUCCAAGAUCGAAGCACGACUGGCGCAUCAGAAAUGGAUCACUUAGAGGCUCGGGCCUAUCUGUCUAUGUUGCGAGGUACUCUCGGGUUCGAAAGAGCGCGAUGGCAGGCUUGCGUUGAAGCUUACUCACUUGCAUACAUGGUAUACUCUACUCUGGCUCAAGGUUCCAAAACAGACAUAUUCAAAGAUCUAUUGUCCGGUAUUGUUGAGCCCAGUAUGAGAUAUGCCGCGUAUCAAAUGAAGAUGCCACGCACCAAAGCCGUCAAUGAGAUAGCCAUCGAGAACUUUCCCCAAACUGAAAGUAUCCUGCGCAAGGAAAUUGAAAACAUCAAUCCUCAAGCAUUUGUCUCUGCUACCGACGCCGCUCCAAGCAGUGCUGGCCCGAAAGAAGUGCCUACCUCCAUCUCCUGGCGCGGCCGCAACGUCAAGCUCGAAGAUGCCAAUAUCUCGCAAGCGUUAGGUUUAUCCCAGGAAAAGGAAGGCAGUCUGUCUUCGGCUUAUAAAUCCUUUUGUGCUGGAAGCCUAAGCGUCAAAGACCUUGCAACGGCCUACGAAGAAGUUAUCACAGCUCGACAGGAUGCUGCUGAUGCAACAAAGACCGCGAUUGAUGAGCUCGCUGCUGAAGGAGUCGAACCCGGCGACUCACGUAUGCAAUCGCUCCAGAUCACACGCACAGCCGUGAAUUAUGCUGUUAUUGAGUGGCGUAUUGGUCGUAAUCGUGUCCUCUGCGGCGUUGACGAUGGUUUGACUUUCGAUCCUGAGAUCUCAAAACGCUCUGCGAAGAAGCCUCGCAAAGGUGGCAGCACUCGUGAAAGCAAGGAAGAAAGCUCCGGGCGCAAGCUCUCCCGCCUUCGAGAGCGUGUGGCUCUCUAUGACUUGAUCCUCCAAAGUCUUGACGCUGUCAAAGAACUCCCUGGUAUCAUAGCAGAUACGGCUUUCAUUGCGGAACUCGAUGCGAAGAGAGCGUAUUUCCGAGCCUUGAAAUGUCUAGCCAUUGGUCGCUCGCAAGCGAUCAAUUCUCAGAUUGUCAACGCACUCGCCCUGUAUGCGAAGUCUCUCGAGCUUGCGCAGUCAGCCUCAUCUGGCCUGACGGAGGACGCUUCCACCGAUAUGCCGCCUAGACUUAAUGUCUCCUCUUCCGACCUUGGGCGCUCGAUCUCUGCUCUGACAAGACUCGUCACUCAAUACCGUGCGCUUGCCGACCUGAAAGCCCUUACGCAGUCAUCACAACCUACGACAGAUCAAACUGUUGCGCAAGCGAUCAAGCCUGCCCCACUGAUUGAACGCCUUGGUCGAAAUGACUAUGUCGAGAAUGUUGACCUAACUAAUCUGGUCAACUACCCUCCCCGUCUCCGACCUGUCCCUGUAAAGCCGCUCUUCUUCGACAUUGCUUGGAAUUACAUUGUAUACCCCAGCCAGAAAGCGGCCCUUGAGGGCGAGGUGGCAGCCACCAAUGGAAGGCCAGUUGAAAAGGACACUGCUGCCGUGUCGGAGCAGAACCAAGAACAGAAGCCCGCAAAACGAGGAUGGUUCGGAUUUGGACGAUAG